AUGUCACACUCCGCAUCUAAGUCAUGGGUCUCAGCCGAGACAAAGGAGUUUGAUAAAUGGAACAAAAUACGUGACAAAAUCACUCACAUAUCCCCUCAUUCCCCAUUUGCUCCUAGGAUAUUUGCAGACUGGCUGGCACAUCGGGUCGCCAUGAAGGAGAACCAGCUUCAAAAGGUCACAAAUAAAAUCGCAAAAGUUAGUGAAAGAAUAGAAGCCGAAGAAACACUGAUUCUCCCGGUCUUAAGAGGGAAAACGCUUGAGGAUCGACUAGCUCUGGUUCUUGCCAGAGAAACAAUCUGGAGGUCAUCUUUGGAAUCCUUUCCAGGGAGAGAUUUGGCACCGUGGCCUUCAUACGAAGAAUUUAAGCAUGAAGGGGACGACCGAAAUAGAUCUGGAUUCCGUCGGUUCCUGCCACUGCCAAGGGAUUCCAGCAACGAGACUGUAAGCUGGAAGCAAAGGAAACCAUUGAACCAAUUUUUUUUCGAUCGGGUGGGUAUAAAAUUAAAACAGGAGCACGGCGAGGGUGAGGAACUAGAAGGAGUCGACGAAUGCUUCGGUACACAACUUAUUGGGGCUGCACUUUUGCUAUGUCUUGUCGAAUAA